GCGACGAAAAUUCACCGCUUGGAAUGUGUGCCAGCACCACCCAAGCUACAGCCACAUUGGUUGUGACGGGAAUAAAACACGAAUAGCCGGAGUUAGGGAGCACUCUAAACUUAGAAUAGACCGUCUGUAAGCCAACAGUCUCCUUUUGGGAGAGAGAAGCAAGAAACAAACGAUUCUAUUGGGAAGAGGGCGUUACCAGUGGGCGUUUCUGUUUUUGCACACCAACUUGGUUGUAGAAACCGACCAAUCCAAUUGCACACCUAGAGGCAGGAACGAAAUUUCCGUGUGCGUAAGCUGCUGCUGACAUUUCCUUACGACUCGAGGAAGAAGCUGUAAAAAAUGAGUUAUCCAGGCUACCCUCCCCAGGCUGGUGGCUACCCUCCCCAAGCUGGUGGCUACCCUCCCCAAGCUGGUGGCUACCCACAGGCUGGUGGCUUCCCACCUCAACCAGGCAGUUACCCUCCACAGUCUGGUGGCUACCCUCCGCAGCCAGGAGGAUUUCCUUCACAGUCUGGUGGCUACCCUCCGCAGCCAGGAGGAUUCCCUCCACAGUCUGGUGGUUAUCCACCUGUACCUCCACCAGUAUAUGGUUUCUAUACGCAGAUGUUCAUGUCGGGUACUGAAGGUGGUAGUUCUCCAUGGGGUAGUGGAUUUCCUAAUCCUUCUACAAUUGGACUUGAUAAUUUGUCAAAUCCUGCCUUCAGCUCUUCCUACAUCUCGGGGAUGGCUGAUCAGAUAUCUGCUUCAUUUGGUGGAAUCAAUCCAAACCCUUCAAUGUUUAAUCAGGGAACUGCUGGUUAUCCUGCUCCUCAGCCUUCAGGUUUUGGAGCCCCACCACCUGGCCAGCAGCCUUUUGGAGGAUAUCCACAGCCUGGUGGAAACAUGCCUCAAGCAGGAGGGUAUCCAGGAGGUCCAGCUCCUGGUCAGCCAAUGCCACCUGCAGGCCAACAACCAGUACCUGGUUACCCAGGAGCUCCUGCAACAAAUCCAUCAAUGCCCUCCUAUCCAGCGCCAACUGUAGCACCUUUAAAGCCUGUAAAUCGUGGAACUAUACAUGAUUUUCCAGGAGCUGAUCCCCUUAAAGACGCUGAAGUCCUUAGAAAAGCCAUGAAGGGUUUUGGCACUGAUGAACAAGCCAUUAUUGAUCUUCUUUCCAGUCGAUCUAACAAGCAACGAGUGCCAGUAGUUUUAUCCUACAAGACAGCAUAUGGGAAGGAUUUAAUCAAGGACCUAAAAUCUGAACUUUCAGGGAACUUCGAAAAAGUUGUCCUGGCUAUGUUGAAAACUCCAAUAAUGUUUGAUGUACAUGAAAUCAAGGAUGCUAUUAAGGGUGCUGGCACAGAUGAAGAGUGCUUGAUUGAAAUUCUGUCUUCUCGAAGCAAUGAAGAAAUCCAUGAAAUCAGUAAGACCUACAAAGCAGAAUACAAAAAGUCUCUGGAAGAUGCAAUUAGAAGUGACACAUCUGGGCAUUUUGAAAGACUACUGGUUUCUUUGUCUCAGGGUAACCGUGAUGAAAGCCAGAAUGUGGAUAUAAGUUUGGCCAAGCAAGAUGCUCAGGGUCUGUAUGCUGCUGGAGAGAACAAAGUGGGAACAGACGAGUCCAAAUUUAAUGCUAUACUCUGUGCCAGGAGCAAAGCCCAUUUGAGAGCAGUUUUUCAUGAGUAUCAGCAAAUGUGUGGAAGAGACAUAGAGAAAAGCAUUUGCAGAGAAAUGUCUGGAAAUCUGGAGAAAGGAAUGCUUGCCAUUGUGAAAUGUAUAAAAAACACUCCGGCUUUCUUUGCUGAAAGACUGUACAAGUCCAUGAAGGGACUGGGAACUGAUGAUAAAACUCUGAUUCGCAUUAUGGUUUCUCGCUCUGAAGUUGACAUGCUGGAUAUCAGACAAGAAUACAAAAGAAUGUAUGGAAAAUCCUUGUACACUGACAUUACGGGUGACACUUCUGGCGAUUACAGGAAGAUCUUACUGAAGCUAUGCGGUGGAAAUGAUUAGAAGAAGUAAAUCACGGCAGACUGAAUGGGGAAAUGCUAACUUUUUAGCCUUCCUGGCUGGCCGCUCUGCACAUAUGUCGUUAAUACAGUUGCAUGUUUUUUUGUUUUAAUGACACAAAUCUUGACACACUAAGCUGUGUUUGUGACAUUACAAGGUCUUUUUCCUGUCUUUCUAGACUUGCUUAGUACUCUUUCUGUAUUGCACUGUAUGUAGUGUGGAAGCAAUCAGUUAUUUCUACCAAGCGUUUUGAUAUACUCCAUGGAUUGCCAAAUGUAACCUAUCAACCAGAACAUAUUUUCAAUGGAAUAUUUGUAAUAGUCUUGCUUCUGAAAUAAAGUAUAUAUUUACCAUAA